AAAUGGGAUGAAUUUCCUAAUGCUCUCUUGGGCUAUACUGGAAAUUUGCUUUCUCAAGUGGAUUUUCAGGUCAUUGUGGAAGACUCUUAAGAAGCUUAAGCUUAACAAGAACAUUGCUAAACUGCAACUCUACAAGAAGUUUGCAGCUGUGCUUGUGAUCAUGGUUGUUCUAAACUUGUUCUGGAUCUAUGUGGAGUUGUAUAUCUAUGACUCAAUAAGGGACUUAUGGCAAUCGAAGUGGAUUAUUCCAGUGUUCUGGUAUCUACUUUCUUACCUACUGUUGGUCUGAUAAGAAUGAAACUAUGAAACUCUCCUUCUUAUCCUCCGAUACACUGUUUUACAAGACUAGAGCCACCGGCACAUCACCGAUUCAUCAACUCUAUCUCCCAAGCAACACAUAUAUCACUUCUACAAUUCACAAACAAUGCAUAAAAGAACUACAAUGACUGUUCUCUGUUUAUCUACCAAUGUCUUCGGUCCUUUGCAUGUGCUUCUCAUGUGCUUAUCAAUACUCCCCCCCUUUGAAAACAGCUUGUGGAAAAAAAAGAAACCUAAUGAACUGUGUGUAGUAUCAUCAUAUCGCCCUUUCCCAGCUCUUUCUCCACAGCUUCUUGCUAAAAGAUGUCAAAAUAUGUUGUCUUGCAAGGUUUUACUAUAGGCAGAUGUUUCCCUGUUCAAAACGUUUCGCUAGUUUGUAUUUUGAACUUAAAACCACCAUUUCUUGCAAAAUUUUCUCCUCCAUAA